AUGUCCAAGCCAUUACUGGACAAGAAUCUAUUCAAAAAGACGCUGAAAGUCAUUGGCGUGCGUGUGGAAGCCAAGAAAAUUGGAUGUGUAGUAAAAAAGCUCCAUGGUCAUUUACUUAAUUUACCGCGAUUGCGUAACGUCGUCCCGGAUCCGACUAAUCCAGACCCAUACAAGAACUCAAGCAGUAAAUUGAUCUUGCUCAAUGCAAAAGUGACGGACAUUGAGACUCUUUGGCCUUUAAAUAAAGACCUCGUGAGGUUUCUAAAGCAGGAAAGUCUAUCUUUUGUAAACCACGCCAUUGAGCUGGAUUAUAGCUACUAUGCAGUGGACCAGGUUUUAAGCGAGCUAUUGCCCAAGGGUAUGGACAUUCCGAGCUCCUUUGAGACAGUCGGACACAUUGCCCACUUGAACUUAAGAGACAAUCAAUUGCCGUACAAGAACGUCAUUGGACAGGUCAUUUUGGACAAGAAUGCACAGAUCCGGACCGUCGUGAACAAGACAGACAACAUUGAGACCAAGUUUCGGACAUUCCCGAUGGAAGUCCUGGCUGGGGACAAUGAUAUGGAGGUCGAGGUGCGAGAGAGCAAGGCUGUGUUUAAGUUUAACUACGCACAGGUCUACUGGAACUCACGACUGCAACAGGAGCAUCUGCGGAUCAUCCGUCGCAUUAAACCUACUGACGUAGUGUGCGAUAUGAUGUGUGGCAUCGGCCCUUUUGCUGUUCCUGUGGCUAUAAAUGGCAGCAAGGUGUAUGCAAAUGACCUGAAUCCGAGAAGUUACCAUUAUUUAAAGGAAAAUAUUGCGUUAAACAAGGUGGAGAAUCUCGUUACGCCCUACAAUCUGGACGGCCGGGAAUUUUUGGCCAAGCUGCUGAACGAAAAGAAGCAGUUUACACAAGUGCUUAUGAAUCUGCCAGCUAUUGCACUCGAGUUCCUGGAUGCGUUUCCUGGACAAUUUGAUUACUGGGAAGGCGAGCUCCCGUACAUAUACUGCUACUGCUUCUCCAAUGCCGAUGACGUCCAGAAGGACGUGAAGGAGCGCGCUGAAAAGAUCAUGGGCGGCAAGCUGGACUUGGAAAGAACGACGUUUCACCUCGUACGUGACGUAGCCCCCAAGAAGGUUAUGGUAUGCAUUUCGUUCCAACUACCCGAGGCAAUUGCAUUCAGCUCGGAGCGUCAGGCGUCAAAGCAAGACGACUCAAAGCGUCGAAAAAUCGAGGCAGGGGCCACAGCAUGA